AAAAAAGUAUACAGUCGCGGGAGACACACGAUAUCAGAUCUGUAACACAAGCCAGUACUAAAGCUGAAGCUCAUCCUAAGUAAUUUUUUGCACACAGUGCAGAGAGUAAAAGAUCAUUUGCACACCCUGUUGAUCAGCGAGGAUCUCCGCUUUAAGCGCGAGAGACACGGAGGCGAGCUCGUGCCACGCUCUGCUCGCGAAAAAAAAGAGGGUCUGAUUGAUCAGUUUAGAGCCAUGGAUCAGCCAAGGGUUCGAAUUGAAGUAGCAUUAAUCGCAUAGUUUCCCUCUACACGCUCGGUAUCUGUCCAAAUCGGCGUCAGGGCUGCUUGUCGCUUUUGUGCAGGGAGCGUCCUGCAUUCUGCGGAGGGGGGCACAGUUUCAGUGAGCGCAAAUAAUCAAAUAAUGGCAGAGAAAUGAGAAGGAAAACAAAAGCCAAGCGUAUUCUGGACUACGAAAAUGAGGAGCAGGACGAGAAAGAGGAACAAAAACUGGACGAAUUCUACAGUAAUUAGAAUGACACGAGCCGCCUGUCCGACAGCACGGGCUGCAGAAACGGAGGAAACAAAUGGAUGCUGCCAAAGAGAGACCGGAGGAGAAUACACCAGCAGCCGCGGGGCUCCAGAAGUUGGACAUGAGGGGUUAUGGGUUCGACUGCUCUCCUACAGGCAGUUUCGAUGAGGGACAUCCCACAGCAGAGCAGGAGGCUGAAUACUUGCAGUCUUAUUCGAAGAUGGAACUAAUUGCCAUGGUUCUAUGCAUGCAGCGGGAAAUGGAGAGCUUAAAGGAACAACUACGGUGCCUUACAGCAUGUGGAAAGUUAGCUAAAAACCUAGAGGCCCUGAUCGAGAGGACCCAGAUUUGGCCUAAUGGAGAUAAGAAGACAUCUCUCCCAAUUUCCUCGAGCCCUGUGACAGAACCUGUUGAAGUGGAUGCUUUAAUGCCAGCUAUGCCGUAUGCCUCAGGAGCUAUGAAUGGGCAGUGGGUCAAGCAGGAUACUCUCACCCAAAAAUCUAAUGAGGCCUCUCACAGGAAUGGCCUCUUCACAGAGUUUAUCACACCUGAGCUUUUGGAGAGGUGUAACACUGGCACCACUGCUCAGAAGUUGACCAAUGAUCUGUUGCGUGGACUGUAUGAGAGAGACUGUUUGGCUUCCCACUCAAUCUCUGGUGUGGUGUACAAUAAGAGGGGUCAGCCUAAACCUGCCCUGCCCACUGAAGAGGUGCAGGCAAUCCUGAGAACCGUACAGUAUUUCUUUCCUGGGAAAACUGAUGCUGAGAUUAAGGGCUACAUUCGUCAAAAACUGCAAAACGAAGCAAAAAGAUUGAGAAAAAAACCUCCACUCUCUGGCCCAGAGCCUAGAGCUCUGAGUCUAUGCAGCCCGAGGUCCAGUAGCCAUCAGUUGGAUUUGAUUGGACAAAAAUCAAAUGUUUGAUUAGCAGUGAUUAGGUUUUUGUCAUCAAACAAACUAGCCUUAUUCACUGCUAUAUAUUAUCAAGAGCUCCUGACUAAUACAAAUUAUGUUAAUUAUUUUGUUUGGACUGUCCUAAAAAAUGUCAUGAUUAUUUGCAAUAGUUACUAAUUGUUGUGAAAGCAUCAAUGUCCAAAUGCAAAUAAAAACAUUUGAAUUUAGUUCAGAUGGUCUCCAACACACCAAGUAAUAAGAUUAGAUAUUAAUGUGAGUCUGUAAACAUUUUUCAUGUUUUGUAUUUAAUUGCUGUGUAGUAGCUACACUGCACAAUAACAACAGGUGUGAACAUUAUGUUCCUUGUAUCAUAAAUGUAUUUCUUACUAAAUUAUGAUCCUUAUUACUCGACUGUAGCUUUAUGUAUGUAAUGUUUUUG